ACUUCAGAAGACUUGUUUAACUUUAAUGAAAAGAUGCUAUAUAAAAUGAACGAUUUACCGUUGUUAAUGACAGCAGUUAGACUUUAAAAUGAAAUACUAUUUGUAAAUUAUGGAAGAUAUAACGACAUUAAAAUAUUAGAACAUAAUCAGAAUAAUACUUAUGUUCUUGUAAAAUAAUUUGCCGUUAAACGAAAUUUUUAUACCCAGUCUUUUAGACAAAAAUAAAUUAUAAUGGAGUCAACAGAGUGGGUGUGGAGCCUUGAAGCCUCCAUGAAGCGCCUAUUGUGUGGACAGUCUGUGCCAAUUGUCGGUGUUGAUGCAGUCAGCGAACAAGCAGAGUCAAUUAAACUGAUAACAAAGUUUAACCUCUGCUACAUUGUUGCUGGGGUACUGUUUAAUGAGAAGGAUGAAGUGUUGAUGAUACAGGAGUCAAAGAGGUCUUGCUACGGGGAGUGGUACCUGCCAGCAGGACGCGUGGAGCCGGAUGAAAACUUCAAGGAUGCUGUGAUACGAGAAGUGAAAGAAGAGGCGGGACUGGAGUGUGAACCGUCAACCCUGCUGUCGGUGGAGUUUGGAGGGGGACACUGGUAUAGAUUUACCUUCACCGGGAAGGUCACUGGAGGUAAGUUGAAGACGGAAAGUGAACAAGAUGCGGAAUCGAUUCAGGCUAAAUGGGUGAAUCCUCACGAGGUCAGGCUAAGACAACUUCCUCUUCGGUGUUUUGAUAUUGUCCACCUGAUAGACAUUGGUAUCCGUCACAGACAGUUGGCGCCAGAUGAACGACCCUUAGACUUGAUGCCAGCCAUUCAGUCACAUGACCAUAUGAUAAUGAGAUGUGUCAUAGUUCACACAGCAUCCGAUGGAAAGCUGAAUAUUUUAGUGAACAAGGGAGGCAAUGUCCAUUUUCCAUGUGCUAGCAUAGCUCCAAGAGAUUUCUCUUCAGAUGUCUGUAUUUUCCGUAUAUUUAAGAUUGCCUUUGGUCAAGUAGGCCUCUCCGACUGUGUGCCAGAUGUCUGUGGCCUUCUGUCCGUGGAACAUUGUGGUAUUCCAAAAGGAAAACAUGAUGGAAUGUGUUUGACAAUACUUGUGACCGUCACCUCCAAGUCUGGCAACCUGCUGGAUGUGUUGACCCCGGACUACGCAUGGUGUUCUCUUCGUGACUCUGAUCUCUUGUUAGAUGUUAAAGACAGACUUGCUAAACAGAAAAUUGUGACUUAUAUUAAUCGACAUUAAAGGUAGACUAACUCCAACAAGAGCCUUAUGUGUUGGAAAGAUGCAUACCCGGACCACCAACACAUACUGACACUUUAAUAAAUGAAAAACGCAUAAUUUUAGAAUUAAUAAAAAAAACGUGAUUAUUCCUGCUAACUGGGGGCAGCCAUUUUGUUUCGUUUUUGUGACAUCCGGUGGUAUAGCUUGGGGCGAAGUGACGUCAGCUUAGAUCCAACUUCUCUAUUAUACACAGUGUAAACGAAUGCUCAAAUUUACGACAAGGCGCUUCGCUUUCAUCAACCUGACUUGUAAAACAACAUAAAUGACUUGAUAGUAUAAUAAA